UCUGUGUCGCGUACUGUUUGAAGCUAUGCUUGCGUACUUGCAUGAGUCUACUGUGUGACAUAUUUGUAGUAAGUAGACCUCGCAACAGGUGGUCGGGCAACCGAGGGUUUUCGGCUCUUCGUGUGCGUGUCCAGUACUUGAGUAGAUAAGAGUUGACCGAGAUUCUGAAGAUUUCUUUGCUCUCAUUAGUUCUGUUAGUAAUCUUGCAAUAAUGAAUACGUUUACUGAAGCAUGGAGGAAUUUGAUCGUUUUUCUUUUAUAUCCUCCAGCUCAAGCACUGGGAGACACAAUGAACAGCGAUUUUGUAAAGUCGAGCACCCUUACAAAGCAGGGGAACGUGCGCAAGAAUUGGAAACGGCGGCUGUUUAGAUUGGAUCGUAACGGACAGCUCGGCUACUACAAAGAUCCAUUCAAGCCGGCUCUUGGGGCUAUCGACGUAAAGGGCGAAUGCAUCGGCCUGUUACGCCACAACCAAUGUCACUGCCAGUGGCCUCUAAAUGUUCCCAAAUCGAACUGUUUCGGUAUCAUGACGCCGAUUAGAGUGUACCACGUGUAUGCAGAUUCUUCCGACGAUGUUGAAGAUUGGAUUAGUGUGUUACGGAAUGCUUCUGAUGUGCUACGACGGCAGAGUUCAUCCACAUAUGAGCAUGGAGAUUUGUAUCAGAAUUUGCAGCCUUAUCCAAGUGCUCCGGAAAAUGAAGAAGUAGAGUCUGAUCCCGAUGAGAUAUUGUAUGAAGAUGUAGUGAAGGAUGCUGAAGACGAUCCUCUCUAUACUGCUCUGCCUGCAACUUUCUCAUCAGCAACACCUCAGAACGAUUCCCAGUUAUACCCACCCUUACCAUCACGAGUGAACAGAUCAUCAGCUCAUCAGUUGGCAAAUGAAGUGUUCCAGAUGGCAGAUGAACUUGAUGAAGUUCUAGCUGACUGUGAUGAAAUGGUUUAUGAGUCAAUACCAGCUGAUCAAGAUAUUUCAGUAGAACAGUUGAAAGCUCCAGUGGUUGAAAAUUCUGUAGUUGCUGCAGAUGGUGUAGAAGAUGGGGAUUUCUAUGCAGAAGUUGCUACUGAACUUCAAAAGGAUGAAAUAUAUGAUGAUGUUGCCUCUAGUAAUGAUGGCAGGGUUCCACCACUUGUUUCUGAAUCACUUGUUGAAGAACUGUAUGAUGAUGUCACUAUGCCUGCUGUUGUUCCACAGCUGCUCCCUUUUGCUGCUAAAGAAGUAGCAGCAUUAGCAGAAGCAGAGAAUAAUAUUGAUCACUCUAUUUCAGUGAAAUCUGACAAUGAAAAGGAAGUAGAAAAUGAAAUUUAUGAUAGUGUCACUGAUGAUCGCCAGAAUAUUGAUGAGGAACUGUAUGAUGAUAUAACAACUGCUGCAGCAGCUAGUCGUGGUAGGCCAAUCAGUGAUCAAGACAAUGAGCUACGUAGACAACAGCAGCAAGAACAGUUUGUUCAAGAGGACAUUUAUGAUGACGUAAUGGAAGUGAAUGAAGGAGCAAAACAAUUCAGAGAUAGACAGAUCCAACAUGUAGAACAGGUUAAUGUAAUGGCUGAUAGACAUGCAGAAUCUGAGAUCUUCAGUGAGGUGACCAGCACUUCAUUGUCAUCUGAUAUCCAGUCUGUAACUUACCAGGAACCAGAAUCAACCGAAACUGUCAUCAAAACUGCUUCUCUGGAACAACAGUCAUUUGGAGGUAGUAGGGAGCAAUCAGUUCUAAAAACAGUUACUGUGAAGGAGGAAACUGUUGAGAUCACAGAGUCACUGUCUUCUGUUGGGCAGUUGUCUUUACCAAUGGUAGAUAUUCAAACAGAAGUAAUUGAGCAAGUUCAAGAAGUACAGAAUUUAGCAACAACUGUGGCUCAAGACGCUGUACCACACGUCUCAUCCAGUGAUGCCACAGAAAGCAAGGGGGAAACUAAGGCUGUUCAACCCCCAACUGGUUCCUCAAUUAGAUUUCGUGCAUCAGCUCAAAACGCUGGAAAAAUAUUAAAGCAGUCAAAGAAGGACUUGUCCAAGCCCAAUUAUGAUGUUACUGAAAAGAAACGAUCUAAUGAAUUUACAAGAACGGUUACUGCUGUGCAAAAAGGUGCUAUAACGUGGUCCAAAUCAGGAUCUCGUCAGAAAGAGAAAGAUGCAAAGCUGAGACAGAGUCGAAUAGUUGAGGAACAGGCUGAAAGACAAAUUGCUGAAUGGCAAGCUCUCCACAGUAAGCUUAUUCGGAAACGAGACCAAUUGACCACAUCUGAUGAAACAAGUGUAGUCAAAGCUAAUGAGAAUGAUGGAAUAAGCUCUCGUUCCAACAAAACUAAAGGUACCAAUCAAUCAGAAACAUUGCCAUCAAAUGCUAGCAAGGGAAAGCCUCUACCUCCAAAGAAGCCAGCAAACAUUGCAGAAGUCGUUUUGCAGCAUCAAAUGAGAUCUUUCCACCAGGAAUAUACAUCGAGUACUGAUAGACAACAAGAGUUUGAUAGGAAGCCUCAGCAGAGUAGAGAGGAAGUGAGACAUGCUGUAACAGUAAAAGCAAACGAAAGGACUUCAGCCCCAAAACAAGAAGUCUUAACCCACACCCAGUCUGACAAAUCUAUCGCAUUUAAGGCAGAAGUCAGCAGUACAAAGCCUCAUUCAAGUCUUCCAGUAAAGCCUUUGUUACCUCCUCGGCCAUCUCUUUCUGGCAUGUCGGCUGCCAUUAAUCUUGCUGCUGAACAUUCAAGGCAUGUUCAAGAAUGGGAGAGGAAGAGGCAAGAGGUUUUUGCUGCUGAAAAGGCUCGUCAAGAACGACGAGGGGCAGAGGAGAAACGAAGACACGAGGAACGAACUAAGCAGAACAAGCAGGAACAACUCCUGGAGGCUGAAAAGGUAAGGCAGGCUAGAGAGAGGUCUGCUUGGACAAGAGUAGUGCAAAGCAAACAUUGUGAUCAACCAUCUACUAGAAACACAACAUUGAUGCACACAAGUGCUACAGGUAAGAAAGACAAAUCUGAAGAGGCAUGUCAGCCUGAACAAGUAGUUGAGAACAAAACUGCCAAAGCAGCUCAGUCUGUUUCAACUGGCUUUCAUGGAAGUAAGGAUGGUCCAAACAAGGAGCAGAACGAAGCAUCCCUGUUACGUGGAGCAGAAACCACUCUUGCAAAAAAAACAAGUGAUGCAUCAGUUGUCACGAGAUCUAAGGACCUAUUUAUGAAAUCAACUCUGACUGCACCUGUUUUCCAAGCAGGCUUGCAAGCUAGUAGCGAUAUUUCUGAAACAGCACAACGUUAUUCAUCAAAUCGUGAUCAUCAAUCCUCUUUGUCCACUCCUCUGAAAGAAAAAAAAGUUCUUAAUGUAAUACAGCAGUUUGAAGCCAAAAAGGCAUUUAGUGUUCUCCAGGCACCCGUUAGGAUUAUGCCACCCCAAUUAAGAAACGAACAGCAAGGAGGAUCUGUAACUGUGGCAAUAAAAAACCCUGAUAGGCUUGAAGAUAGUAACUUAAAGCACAGUAGACGAACAGUCUUGACAACAGCAGUGCCAGAUAAAGUCUUGGUGGACUCUUCUGUAGAGACAAGUACAGAAUCUCAUCAGGAUUUGACUCCUGUUGCUUCUACACCUACACCACAAAUCAAUAAUAUUACUGGUCAAGUUAAGGGAAAUGGUGCACAGCCAACUGGGAAAGCUGAUCCAAAUGGAAAAGCACAGGGGGAAAUGGCUCGAGGUGGACAGAAUACUGAUGUUGUUUCAAACAGUUCAACUGGAGAACUAGCAAAACAGAAAGAACCAUUUGUAGGUGGUUCAGAAGAGGGUGCAUUUGUCGCAGUUACUGACUCACUAGAUAGUGAGCAUGGACGGGGUAAUUUGUUGUCUCUGAUGAAACCCACAGCAAACAGCAGUGAUAUGGGUGAUAGAACUGUAUCUAGUGAUAAUAUUGUUUUUGACAAGGUCAAACCAACUGCAUCUAAGAGUUCAGAGAGUAGUGGACACGGCCAUUCUUCUAUUGCCAGAUUGAGUGCAAUGGUGUCAGACCAUGACUCAUCUAAUUCAAGUAGCAGUGAAAAGAAUCAAGACAAUGUUGAGAAUUCACAACACAGAGUAGUUCGUGAUCAGAAGACAGACAAGUCUGAGGACUCAAGUGGUUACCAGAAACAGGAGACAUCUAGUGAUGAGGCACAGAAAACCCUUGGAUAUGAACCACGUUUUACUGAAGUCCAAAUCAGAGAGAAGAAGAGUAUUGCUAGGAGAAAAGCAGCUGCUUUAUCAUGGCCUAUGGAGGGUCCACCUUCUGAUCCCUAUGGACCAGAUGGAAACAAGUUAAGAGAUGAAGAUCCUCUGAUGGUAAGAAAGCUUAGUGUAGUGGCUAGAGGAGUCAAUGCAAUGGCAAAAGCCUUGGCUGCUGCAAAGUGGAUUGACAAGGAGAUACGGAAGCUCAUUGCUGAGAUUCAGUCUUGGGGGUCUCUCAGUACAAGUGGCAAAUACCAAGUGACAUUUGGUAUUUUGUUUGAAGAGUGCUCUCCUGUGUUUGAGGCAUUAUCCGGAACCCUGAAAACUGCCAAGAAGCAUGGUGUUGUUCAAUUUACAGGAGAACUACUGCUUCAAGGCGUUCAUGAUUCUGUUGUGGUAACUCUUCUCAAGACUAGCAUUCCUGACUCUAACGCAGACACGUACACGUACCAGCAGUUCAGAGCUUGUUCCAUUUCUGUGCACAAGCGCAAGGGCAAGGGCUUUAGUAAGACCACUCAACAGACAAACCAGAGCAAGUGCUUUUUAUGUGGAAAGACAGUGUACCCCAUGGAGUACGUGAGCGGCAAUGAUCACCCUAUGCACAAGAACUGCUUCAAGUGCUGUGACUGUGGGAAGAAACUGAGUAGUAGCAACUAUGCAGUGUUUCAAGAUAAAUUCUUUUGUAUUAAUCACUAUGAGCAGAGAUUCAAGCAGCAAGGUGGCUAUGGCGGGUUCCAGUAGACACGUGCACGUGAGCUUGGGAUUAGUACAACAAUAAUAACGUCGUGUUUUUAAAGAAAGGACAUUUUAGGGUGGGUAUUUGUUAAUGACGAAGUUUUAGUGGAUAUCUGUUUACUAGGGUAACAGUGUCAUCGUUGUUCUUCUGUUCCAUACAUUGAUAAUGCGUUUGUUUGGCGGGUUGGGUGAAGGGGCGUUAUUAGCACAUUGGUCUUGCUCACGUGUGGUUAGCGGUGAGUGCGUUAGAGGUUCUUUUUUGCCUUUUGCGUUUCCCGUGCUGUUGUAGCCGUUUGGGUGAAGAAGAGAAGAAGGAGUGACAACCCACACGGUCGUCAGCGCAGUAGAUCUGAGACGGAGAUCGAGUUUGAUAUUCUUUAUCAUCGUCGGUUUUGGAAGAGGCCAAACAUUUGGGGUU